CAAAAGUCAAGUGAUGAAAAGUAUAUGCAUGGACACACAAACCUCCACUCCACUGGCCCACACAAAUCCACUUCCCUCGCCUCUAAUCUCGCUCAUGAGGCCAACAAUAAUCAUCUUCUUCAUCUCUCGCUCUCUCUCCUCCCCCUUCCAAUCCUACCUAUAUAUACAUUACACUAUCACACACACACAACUCAAGUAAGAGAGAGAGAGAGAGAGAGAGAGAGAUGACUAUAGAUGAUUCUUUCAAGAAACCAGGGGCCAUCCCAUUUAAGUGGGAGAUCCGACCCGGUGUCCCCAAGCUCCAUCACCAAUCCCCAUCACCACAACAAUCACCCUCGUUUAAUCUCCGCCGUUCAUUGCUCGAACAUCACCAACAACAGAAACAGCAAUCCAUCAAUCACCACCGUUCGUGCCCAACCACCCCGAUAAAGCUCAGCCCACCACCUUCCGGGUUCCACUUCCGCCAUCCACCUCUGGAGCCCCGUUCCCGCUCCACCCCACGCAGUAGACCCGACCGAUCCAUUUUUGCCCCACCCGACAAUGUUGGUUCGGGUAGUUGCUUUCCAAGUCCUUUGGUACUCAUUAGGCGAAAGGGUGAUAAGAAAAGAAGUCGGAGGCCCAAACCCGAGACCGACUUUGAGCCCGAUUACACUUCUGACCUUGAAACCCUGUCCAGGUGGUCCGGGUCGACCCGGAAGUCCGUGUCUCUGUUCCGUGACUCACCCUCAUCAUCCUUCUCUUCCCACCGGUCUUCGCCCCGGCCCGUUAGCGAUGAUGAGUGGGCCUGGCUUGGGCUUUUCUAGAGAAAUUCACAAUAGUCCAUUGUGAAAUAUUUUGUAAGAGUACAAUAUUUCAGACAAAAAUGCUACGAAGACAGAUAGAAGUGCAAAAAUCCGUUCGACGUGUGUACCUCACAUUUACGGUGGGAGAACCACGUAUAUCAAGUGGGUUCGGAUAUGUGUAUUUUUGUCUUAUUUUAGGAGUCUUUUUUCAUCAUAGGUUGGUGUGAAAUUUACACACUUUAUAGGAGAUUCGCUUCUCACUUUGUGGUGAGGAAAGCCUUGGGUGCAAGAAAUAGCUCUUAGUAUAUAGAGCAAGAUGAUGUAGAGUUGACUAUUUGAUUUUCUCCACGCCUCCCUUUGUAAUAGGAUGCUGAUUGUGGAGCGCCUGCGUACAUAAGUGGAGUGCGAAAAUUAAUUUCUUUUGUAAUACUUCUACUUUCUUCUGAUCGGCCCCUUGGUAGAACCUUUUAUCUAAAAUCUGUACGAAAUAUUAUUCUACUUCAUCUUUGACGUUA